GGGACAUCCGUUAAAAUUGGAACGAUACAGAGAAGAUUAGCAUGGCCCCUGCGCAAGGAUGACACGCACAAAUCGAGAAAUGGUCCAAAUUUUUUUGGCGACCUGGCGGAGCACGUCGACCAAUCAGAGCGCACCAAGCACAAGCACAAAUUCCCGCGCGUUGAUUGAAGGCUGGAAUUUGGAUGCCCAAGGGCACUCCGAUAGCCCUAGGGCCUUGGAAUUCGGAUGCCUUGCUGCUAGGGAAUUCCAAGCCCAGCAUUCACACAAGUUUCUGAAGGGCAUUUCAAUGGAGCCCUAGCUUCACCUUUCUUCGUUCAGUGUCUUUGUUCCCCUCAUUUGCCUUUCUUCUCCCACGCUGUCUUCGUUGAGCAUAUCCUUGUUCGUUCACUCGAAAAGCCUUAAAAAGAAAAAGAAAAAGAAAAAGAACCCGCAACCACGUUUUUACCCACAACCACGUUCACCGUCCUCCGCCUGUGGCUCCGCGAGCGAUUGUUCCUGCAGUCGCACUCAUUCCUCUAUGUCAGCUGCGCUAGUUCCCAGUAGAUUUCUCGGCCGCUCUGCCGUCUGCUGCUGGGGUAGUAGGCUGGUCGGCGGAGUCUUCCGCUCAACCCGCGGCUUCCCGUUCACUUCUUACAAUACGCGUUCAGCUAGUCCGUUUCUUGGUCCAAGAGGCCGGCCAUUCUCCAAAUCUCCCUCUUUUGCUGCUCGCCGGCCAAUCCAUUCCUCACUUGACGCCAUGGUUCAGAUUCCAAAUCCAGGCAUUUUUCGGGCUACGAAUCAGGAUACGAAUUCUGGUACGUGUCAGAAUCCACCCAACCUGAAUCCGAUAAAUCAGGAUCUGCCGGCGUUCCUCAACCCGUUCGACAAUGCCGGCGAUUUCGAGCUCGGCUUUCCCGUGCGAAGCCUCAAGGAGCUGCUGCUGUGCCGCGUCAUGGGGCAGAUUCGGGAGAAGCCGGACUGGACGCGGAAGGUGACGGACGACGAGAUCGUCGAGAAAUGGAAGGCGGAGUUGACGGAGCCGGCAGCGGACGUCCACCCUGACGGUUUCAUUGACGCCAGCAAGGAGUACUGGAGCCAAGAGGAAGCGUCCGCCGUGCUUUCGUUUCUGAAGGAAACCACAACGCGACCUGUCAAGAUUGACCCUGCUCUCUUCGCCUACGCCAUCGCUGAGCUCCGCUGGCAAGCCGCCUCCCUCUCCUCCUUCCCCUCUCCCUCCUACCCCUCCCUCUCUCCCUCCUCCUUCCCUCUCUCCACCUCCCUCUCCUCUCUCUCCCUCCACGGCAACCCCAACAUCCUCCCCUCUGCAGUGGAUGGCGUCUUCCUCACCCCAGACCCGCCUCUGGACCCCGCUCUCAAUCACCUCUUCCUAGACGGAGUCACCGCGCUAGAAUCCGUGCCAGACGACCAAAUAGACUACCACCCGGGCUCCAACCGUCAAGUGAUAGACCUCGUACACCCCAGUCUGCACUGCCUUGUGUUCGGCCGCACCCGAGUCAUCCCCCACCCCCCCAACGACCCGCAAGACCUCACGGUUCUUCCCUGGGACCAGCUGGUUAGCAGCCUCGGGGAGGUUUCGCACCCCCCGCCGCUCGGUCAGCCGGCUCGCCAGGAGUAUUAUCCGACGGGGAACCAUUCGUACCUGUCGGAAAAGUUUCAGUGGCUGCCCGCGGAGAUAGAUGUGGCAGCGGACGGACAGAGUGCGAAAUUCCGGUCGUAUGUAAACAACCUGCAUCCGCAUGAGUUUGCUGGGAUGUACCGGGGCUUGGAGCAUAUUUUUGCCACUGCGUUUGUGCCGUUGUUCAACAGAGUGCUCACAGAAUCAGUGCAGCAACGGCCUGAAAGAUUCAUCUACGACAUCUGUGGGUGGUACGACGAGUGGAAAGGAGCGAGGGAGUACGACAAGGACGACGACGACGACUACCACCAGUGGCUGGUGGACCGCCAGCCAAAGCAGCCAGAAACCCCUUCGGAGUUCGCACCUCCCCCGCCUCCCACGCACGUGGUGGAUCUUAGGGGGCGGCGCCUGCAGGUGGUGGUGAAGGUGGCUUCUAUCCGCCUCUCUGCUGAAAAUCCGAGAUACCCGGGGGGCACGUGGCAUGUGGAGGGCAUGCGGAAUGAGCACAUCGUGGCCACAGGCAUCUACUACUUUGACUCUGAUAACAUCACCGAGUCUCGCCUUCAAUUCAGGCACACUGUGGCGGAGCCAGAGUACGAACAGAAUGACAACAAAGGGGUGGCCCGGAUCUACGGCCUAGUGGACGACGGGCCUCUCACCCAACCUCUAGGCUCGGUCCGGACCAACACGCCGAACCUCUGCCUCGCCUUUCCGAACCAUUUCCACCACCGGGUCGCGCCGUUCGAGCUACAGGACAAAACCCGCCCGGGCCACCGGAAAAUCCUCGUCUUUUUCCUGGUGGACCCGAGGGAGAGGAUCAUAUCUACGGCACGCGUGCCACCUCAGCAGCUGAGCUGGCAGAGGAGGGAGCUCGAGCAGAAAGGCCACCCUUGCUCGGUGUUGCCUGGGUUGGCUCUGGACUUGGUGGCUGAGGGAGUGGGUGAGGGGGAGGGUAGGUGUGUCGGGGGAGAGGGUGGUGACAGCAGGGGUGCUGCAAUGACGAUGGAAGAGGGGAAGAAACACCGGGAGGCUCUGAUGGAAGAGAGGAGAGCGCUGGUUGCACUGGCUAAUGAGGAGCUGUUUGAGCGGCCCUUCUCCCUCUGCGAACACUGAUGUGGUGGGGAGGGAGUUCUGAUUGAAGGAGUCGCCUUGACCAGCUGUUUGAAUGGCCCGCCUCCCCCCACAAACACGAAUCCAGUGCAGGUUUCUCUCUCUUGGCAAGCCUAACAGAUCCGAACUAGGGUGUUGGAUCCAUGGCAAGCAGGAGGACGUCAGGGGAUCUGGCAAAUGGACAGCUUUUCGAAAUAUGUGAGCAGUGAUAGCGAGCCGGCUGUACAGAGUCAAAUUGUUAGGCUGAAAAAGAUGCAGUUUGUCCAAUGGUUCUUUAUUCUGGAACGCGGUCCGUUCGGUCGUGUAUCUCAAAACAGUGAAGUGAAUAUUUUCUAGAGAGAGAAUCCACUGUUCCACGCAUGGACCAACGUAGGCGGCAAGGGUUUCAUGUUUUCACAAUUCAUGCUGACUGUUUUCCGGUGGUCGCUA